CUAAUGACUUAUUAUAUUUCAGUUUCUCUAUCUCUCAUUCACUAUCAGCUUAUCACACACACUUGUCUUCUUCAGUGAAAUUUAAGCCCGUAUUCAGAGUGCACUGACUAAAGAUGAAAGACAAUAUUGGCAAUGUGGUGCAGGGGUUGAAACCAACGUUGCUAAUGGUGGCUGUGCAGAUAGCAUUUGCAGGGGUGAAUGUGCUCUACAAGCUCGCCUUAAACGAUGGCAUGAACUUGAGGGUGGUUAGUGCCUACCGCUUUGUAUUCGCCACUGCUUUCAUGGCUCCACUUGCUCUUAUCCUUGAAAGAAAGAACAGGACAAAGAUGACUUGGAUGGUGCUGUUUCAGUCUUUUCUGUGCGGUGUAUUUGGAGGAGCAUUGUCUCAAAUUUUGUACUUAGAGUCCCUGGCUUUAACUUCAGUGACAUUUGCAUCUGCCAUGUCCAACCUUACACCAGCCAUAACCUUUAUCAUUGCCGCUUCCUUCGGAUUGGAAAAAAUAAAUUUGAAAACAGUAGCAGGGAAGGCUAAGAUAGUAGGUACAAUAACUGGAAUUGGUGGAGCAAUGGUACUGACUCUGGUUAAAGGCAUGGAAAUUAAAAUUUGGUCCUUCCAUCACAUACACCUUUUGCAUCACCAAAAUGGUGCUCACCAACACGCUACAAGCACUGGUAAGAACCUUUUGGGUGCUCUCUGUGCACUAGCCAGCAGCAUCUCUUACGCAUUGUGGCUUACUAUUCAGAAAAAAAUGACUGAAAGUUACCAGAGUUAUUACACAAGCACCGCAUUGUUGUCAUUUUGGGCAUCAGUACUAUCCGUCCUGUUUGCUCUUUGCAUUGAGAGGGAUUUGAGUCAGUGGAGGCUGGGUUGGAAUGUUAGAUUACUAACUGUUGCUUAUGCGGGUACAGUGGUUUCUGGACUGGUGGUGGUUGUAAUUUCAUGGUGUAUCCAAAUGAGAGGUCCUUUGUUUGCCUCUGUUUUCAUGCCUCUGGUUCUUGUGAUUUUGGCCUUUCUUUGUUCUCCGCUAUUGAACGAAACCCUAUACCUUGGAAGCAUCAUUGGAGCAGUGUUGAUUGUAUGUGGCUUAUAUGCUGUUAUAUGGGGUAAAAGCAAAGAGAUGAAGAUGAGUCCUUUGGUGUCUUCAAAUGAAUCCGAUACAGUCGAAAUAGUCUCGAAAUCUACAGUAUCAGAAUCAGAAGAGAAAAGCAACAAAAAUGGCAUCAAAUGAUUAGGCAAUGAAUAUACCAAAGGCUGAUUGAGCAAGAGUUAAAGCACAUAAUAUUGGAAGUGGCAAAGUGAGUGGGAGUUGAUAUUAUAUGCCCCAUAAUACAUUUCUUAGUUUUUAAUUUCACUUUUUCUAGAAGUUGCUUGCUGUGGUGCCUCCUCCCAAAUGUAGAUAUGGUGCCGCCGCUUAGUUGGACCAGUAGAAAAGUACUAUGUUUUAUAUGAGUCAGCAAGUAUAUUUUUCCUAUGAUUUUUUUUUAUAAUAUUAUUUUUGAAAAUAUAGUUAUUAUUUUUUGCUAAUUGGUCCCUUCACCUAAAUAUAAGAGUUUAACC